UUUGUUGUGCGAUUUGAUCAUAGGAACGUAAUCAAAAAUUACUGAAUCAAAGACGAUCGACAAGUCGCUAAGCUUAUAAGAACCAUAGAAGCCUCGCUGGGUGGCCGACGGUCAGUUAGUAAUAUUAAAGUUGUUUGUGAACCCAGCUGACGACUACAGUUCGUUGAAUUCGUUUCUCUGAGCGCCGCGCGCAAAUUACAACGGCAAUGAAACACCUCUCUUUCGGCAGAAUGUUUCGAUAUUUCUGCAUACUUAUUUUGCAAUGGCAUAUUUACGGCGCACAGGAUGCUAAUUCUACCAGUCCUGUGGCCAACAACACUUCAACCGCUUUGCUGUCCAAUACAUCGACAGCUGCCAUUUCUAUUCCAACAACUGCCAUACCACCGGUGCCCAUUCCACUUCUUAUUAGUCUUCCAAAUGUUACCAAUGGAUUCCUGAGUAUUCCUUGUGGAAAAGCAGUUGGUACUAUCGCCGAGGGCCGAGCAGGGCGUAUCCGUUUCACGCGUCGCGAUUUGUUAGACAAUCCUACCUUCUACGUCAGGCAUCUGGCAUGGGCCUCAUCAGAGUGCUCUGUAGCGCAGCUGAAACCUCAAAUUAAUUUAGAGGCAGCUGUAAAUUAUGUGGAGGUUUUGCUUAUUACGGCCAGAACCGUUAAUGCGACAACACCCAGUGACGAGACCAUUACAAUGAUAAACAGUUGCCCUACCUGUCCCGCAUUUAAUGGUUCCACUGCGUCGUUUUAUCCAGCGGGAGAACCGGUACCAUUGACCCGCGAUCCCAUAUCCUGGACGUCGUCCAAUGGCGACGACGAAGAAGACAUAACUUUCAUUCAAAGAGUCGUACGAUUUCAAUACACUUCGAACACCAACAUGACCGACGAAGCUUUAGACGAAGUGGUUUUCCAGCUGGAUUAUGUUGCAGCUAUCCGAUCUUGGAUGAGUACUGACGAUGUAAUGAUGCUUUACGCCAUCUACGAAUCGCGAGAUGCGGCUUACGGUUACUGCGACACGACAAAGCAGUUCCUUCAUUAUAAAUAUUGCACUGCCAUUCCACUGCGUCCACCUAGUGACACGACAGUCACGUGUCCGUCUACGCCUCUUUCAAUGAAUAUGUCGUCCCCGACGCUAAAUGCCACCAAUAAGCGAUGCUUAAGAGCAGGCGAAGCAUUGUUGCAAAUGGGGAUUAACCCCAGCAGGCAGCCUCCUGCGACGACGCCACGGAUAACCACCCCAAAGUCACUGCCACCCGUAACCAUUUAUAAUGGCGGGAACGGCGUGACCCCUGACACCUACUGGAACACAACGAGAAUUUUGGCGGUAGUGAUGGCCGUCAUUGGGAUAAUUUGUGCGACCUGUACGCUGAUUGGUCUGACUAUACGGUGCGUGGAGAAGCGCAAUGCACGGAAGGCGGUCCUGCGCAAUGCGGCCAUUGCCGAGCAAGAAGAGAUCAACGGUACUCCGUAUAUUCCCGCUCAACCGCGAUUGUUCGGAGCCAUGCCAUCGUCGGACAGUGUGCCGAUGACGGCAGACACCAGCUAUCAAAACUCGCCGUGUUUAGAUGGACGGAAGAACUCCGAUCAGUAUUCACGAUUUACGUAGUGAAAAUGGAUUGAAUGUUUUGUUUGAGCUAACGUACCUGCAAAUGAUUUACAAGUUGGAUUAAUCAUUAUUGCUUCGUUUGGAUGGAUAUCGAAUUUUAAUCUAAUACGUGAUAGUAUAAUAGAUAUUAAUACAAUUUUUAAAAAAAUUCAUUGAAAAUUAUAGUGGGUGGCUAACUUUUUAUGUAUAGAGUGAAUCACGGGACAAACAUGAUUAAAGCCACGAGUCACCUAUAA